AUGAUGCAUCGGCUUCUGUCCCUGAAGGUAUCACCAGACGUACGCAACAACCAAGGCGAAACCCCGCUGUUUGUCGCGAUCCGGAACAACCAGCUGGCCUGCGUUCAACAGCUGAUUAAUGCUGGCACACGUCUGAACCUCGUCGACAACCGCGGGGGGUACGACAUUGUGCAGCGGUUCCUCGAGUACAGCCUGGUCCGCAAGGUGCAUUGCAAGGCGACAAACGGCGAAACACUCCUGCAAUUUUACACCGAACGGAACAACUUGGGGCAGUACGACAACGCAGUGGUGCGCGUGCUGGAGUGCGAGAAGCUCCUGCACUCAACCAAGCCUAGCACGGAGAUGUGUCUUCGCGUGCAACUGGGAACGACAGAGGCCAGUUCGAAGGCCCGCGCUCAGCUGCAGGCCAUGUACGAGUCGACGAGAGCACAACGCCACUGCUGGAAUUUUUGGUUCUUUCUCUCUUGUUUUCUGCUUCCGUCGGUUUUUUACUACCUAGACGUGUACACCGACAUUCUGCUGGCGGUGGAGUACCAUCAAGAUUACCUGAAGAGCAUCAAUGACUCCGAUGUGGUGGGGACGAGGAACAUGACGAGUGCUAAUCAUUCGCUGUCCGAGGAGAUGGUGGUGCUGGUGGAUGGCGAGGAGGAGGUGAGAAGCAGAAGGAUUCCUCGCCAACCUAACAGACAACCCAGACAAGAUCAAUUUCCUAUUCACCGUUUUCUUCAUCCUGCUGCCAAUUACCCUGUUGUCCACUUGGAAUCUGUACAUUCAUGUGACGCAGCAAGAUAUCCUUCCCAUUUUCAAACUGCUACCUUCGUUUUUGCGUGUAUCGUUGUAAACGCUCAUAUUUCUCACCCCCCUGGCCCUCGUCAUGGCGUACCUCGAAAAUACUUACGCGCAGAUGAAGCACAUGAACGUCACAGUGCGUCAGAUGCAGGAGGUUGGGACAAGGACUGGAGGAUAAUAUCUCGUGAGGAGGUUGGUCUCUGCAUAGUUCGGGUCAUUGAAGAAACUGCCGUGUGUUCUCUUGACGCGGCCAGGUCAGACGGCUUCACCCUGCUCCACCUGGCUGCCCAGCAAGGCUACCCGAACAUGAUGCAUCGGCUUCUGUCCCUGAAGGUAUCACCAGACGUACGCAACAACCAAGGCGAAACCCCGCUGUUUGUCGCGAUCCGGAACAACCAGCUGGCCUGCGUUCAACAGCUGAUUAAUGCUGGCACACGUCUGAACCUCGUCGACAACCGCGGGGGGUCAGCUCUGCACAUGGCGGCCAAGAACGGAAAUGUGACGGUAAUUGAUAUGCUCCUGAUGACGUCCUAGCUGGAGGAGGAGCGGAACGUUGAUAUUAACCGCUGCAAUAAGAUCGGUUAUACGCCUGUUUACUACGCCAUCAAUGCCAGCAGGUACGACAUUGUGCAGCGGUUCCUCGAGUACAGCCUGGUCCGCAAGGUGCAUUGCAAGGCGACAAACGGCGAAACACUCCUGCAAUUUUACACCGAACGGAACAACUUGGGGCAGUACGACAACGCAGUGGUGCGCGUGCUGGAGUGCGAGAAGCUCCUGCACUCAACCAAGCCUAGCGCGGAGAUGUGUCUUCACGUGCAACUGGGAACGACAGAGGCCAGUUCGAAGGCCCGCGCUCAGCUGCAGGCCAUGUACGAGUCGAUGAGAGCACAACGCCACUGCUGGAAUUUUUGGUUCUUUCUCUCUUGUUUUCUGCUUCCGUCGGUUUUUUACUACCUAGACGUGUACACCGACAUUCUGCUGGCGGUGGAGUACCAUCAAGAUUACCUGAAGAGCAUCAAUGACUCCGAUGUGGUGGGGACGAGGAACAUGACGAGUGCUAAUCAUUCGCUGUCCGAGGAGAUGGUGGUGCUGGUGGAUGGCGAGGAGGAGGUGGACUCAAAAUCGUACAACAGCUUUCCCCCCCACGGGCCUACCAAGACCUACCGGCACCACAUGAGGGACAUGGAGAUCAGAAAAUAUUAUGACCUUAAGCAUGUCGUGCAGAUGAGGGUCGCAAUCACCAACGUCAUGGAGGCCACACUCGAGUCGGCCUUUCAGUUAAUUCUGCAGCUGUAUAUCGUUGGGACGCAUUACACUGAGUUGGACCAGGUUAAGGACGUGACACUGGGCAGCAUCCUGUCUUUGUCACCACUGGGCCACAACACACAGCUCUGCAAACAGGUGUUCUCUGUCCUCAUCUCCCUUGUGUCCCUCACCUGGUCCUUCACAUCCUACCACAGGUUCUCCAAACUCGGAGGGCUGACUAUUUUAAAUGCACUGCCCCUCCUGUUCGCAAUAUUCUUCCAGGUGGUGUCCCGCGCCAUCGCCUGUACGGUGUUCACCCUGGCACACACGUGGAAGGUGUUUGUGGUGUUGGGUGUACACUUUGUGGUGGUGCUGGUGUUUAAACUCAAGCUGGAGGAGAGUUCAGUGUUGCCAGUACGCACACCGUUUUACUGUUGCCAGUGUUUUUUCAUGUACCUGCGUCCAUAUUUCUACGUUUUCCUUGGCACCAUUGCUUCUACGCUAGUGUACUUCAGGUCGGAGAGGCCCUCGGCUGUCAAAAAGCAGAGGGCGCGUCGUCAUUCAACCGUAGUGAUACAGGUGUUGUUUUUAGUCCUAGCCUUCAUCGAGAACCUAGUGAUGCUUAGCUUGCCUUGGGGAUCUGCUGGCUGGACGACAAAUACUUUCAUCAUACGACACUUUAAAUACGACACUUUCAUCAUAAUUUCUGCUGUCCUGUGUGCCAUCAGCUACCUUACUGGCAUUAUACUACAUGCUGUGUACUAUAGCUGCUUCGGCCAUCCAUGGGUGGACAUCAACGGACCAUCAGUGCACCGGGACGCAGACGAGGGGACCCUGGUAUUGUCACAUUACCAGCAAGGCAAGGGAAAGCUGGAAGAUGGCACAGAAUUCGACAGCAGUUACCCUCGAGGACAACCCCUGACCUUCACGCUGGGGUCAGGUCAGGUCAUCCGAGGCUGGGACCAGGGACUGAUUGGGAUGUGCGAGGGGGAGAAGAGGAAGCUUGUCAUCCCCUCGGACCUCGGCUAUGGAGCUUCAGGGGCGCCUCCAAAGAUACCUCCCCACGCCACGCUGGUCUUCGAGGUGGAACUUGUCAAGAUAGAGAGGAAAGAGGAGCUUUGAGGCUAAUCUAGGGUGCGUGCAGGUGUGUGCGGGUGUGUGUGGGUGUCUGGUGGAGUGUGUGUGUCUGUGUGUCUGUCUGUGUGUGAUUUUUCCCUUUCUGUAGAGAUAAAUGGUAUCUGUGUGUGUUUGUGUGUGUCUGUGGAGUUUUAAGGGUGUCUAGAGAGUACUUAAAGGCUCCCUCACCCUUAACAAGUCUAGGGGUGUGUGUGUAUGUGUGUGUGUGUUUAUGGCUGGGAGAGGUCUUCAGUGUGUGUGUGUGUGUUUGUCUGUAAGGGUGACCAGCAUAGCCAAGAGACUGCAAGGGUGUUGGAGAAUGGUCAGGAAAAAUUUUAAGGGUGUUUCUUUGUCACCCUGUUCAGUUUAAGGGUGUUUAAUAUGGUCAGGGAAAAUUUUAAGGGUGUUUUUUGUCACCCUGUUCAGUUUAAGGGUGUUUAAUAUGGUCAGGAAAAAUUUUAAGGGUGUUGCUCGUUACCCUGUUCAGUUUAAGGGUGUUUAAUAUGGCCAGGAAAAAUUUUAAGGGUGUUUUUUGUCACCCUGUUCAGUUUAAGGGUGUUUAAUAUGGUCAGGGAAAAUUUUAAGGGUGUUUUUUGUCACCCUGUUCAGUUUUAGGGUGUUUAAAAUGGUCAGAAAUGUUUAAAGGGUGUUUUUUUUUGUCACCCUGUACAGUUUAGGGGUGUUUAAUAUGGCCAGGAAAAAUUUUAAGGGUGUUGCUCAUUACCCUGUUCAGUUUAAGGGUGUUUAAUAUGGCCAGGAAAAAUUUUAAGGGUGUUUUUGUCACCCUGUUCAGUUUAAGGGUGCUCAAAAUGGUCAGAAAUGUUUAAAGGGUGUUUUUUGGUCACCCUGUUCAGUUUAAGGAUGUUUAAUAUGGUCAGGGAAAAUUUUAAGGGUGUUUUUUGUCACCUUGUGUACUUUUUAAGUGUGUGGGGGGGAGUGCUAGCUGUAAGGGUGUGUGUUGUCACCCUGGCUGAGUCUUAAGGGUGUUUGUUAAGCCACCCUGUUUGAUUAGUGUUAGUGUGUGUGUGUGUACCUGCAUGUCUCACCCCAAUACUUGUAAUCAUAUUUUUUAUAAAUAAAUUUUGUGUGUGUGUGUGUGUGUGUGUGUCAGGAACACACACACACACACACACACACAAGAAUGAGAGAGAGAGAGAGAGAGAAUGAUUAACAGCUGAGAGAGAGAGAGAGAGAGAGAGAGAGAGAGAGAAUAACCACAUCUACUACUACUACUACUACUACUACUACUAUUUGAAACAAUAGAUAUACAAAUAGUCUUAUUAAUAGUCAAGACAUACACACACACAGGUGCGUGUACACAAAUAUUACUACAGCUCAUGGCAGUGUGUGGGUGUAGUAGGACAGACACAAUCAAGUUGACAAGUAUUGAGAUAAUUAUCAAAUAUGUAUUAUUAUUAUUAUUAUUAUUAUUAUUAUUAUUAUUAUUAUUAUUAUUAUUAUUAUUAUUAUUAUUACAUUUUUUUUUAUCAUUGUUAUGUCUAGGGUUUAAGUCAGUCUCUCUCUCUCUCUCUCUCUCUCUCUCUCUCUCUCUCUCUCUCUCUCUCUCUCUCUCUCUCUCUCUCUCUCUCUCUCUCUCUCUCUCUCUCUCUCUCUGUGCGUGUGUGUGUGUGUGUGUGUGUGUGUGUUUUUAAGUGCAAUAAAAAGUCGUACAUUACAUAUAUAUAGACACACACACACACACACACACACACACACACACACACACACACACACACACACACACACACACACACACACACACACACACACACACA